AUGAGGACAGAGAAGACAGUUAACCACCUCUGCCCUCGGGAGCAGACAGUUAACCGCCUCUGCCCUCGGGAGCAGACAGUUAACCGCCUCUGCCCUCGGGAGCAGACAGUUAACCACCUCUGCCCUCGGGAGCAGACAGUUAACCACCUCUGCCCUCGGGAGCAGACAGUUAACCACCUCUGCCCUCGGGAGCAGGCAGUUAACCACCUCUGCCCUCGGGAGCAGACGGUUAACCGCCUCUGCCCUCGGGAGCAGACAGUUAACCGCCUCUGCCCUCGGGAGCAGACAGUUAACCGCCUCUGCCCUCGGGAGCAGGCAGUUAACCGCCUCUGCCCUCGGGAGCAGACAGUUAGCCACCUCUGCCCUCGGGAGCAGACAGUUAGCCACCUCUGCCCUCGGGAGCAGACAGUUAACACACCUCUGCCCUCGGGAGCAGACAGUUAG